GCCAAGUGCAACACACAAGCACAACAUGGCCGAGAAGAAGAGAAAGAGAAAUGAAGAGGGUAAUGAGAGGCCUAGCAAGAAGACCGUCGCGUCACAAGGAAAUGUCAAAGUUGAGCUUCUGCAAGAGGAAGUGCUGGGCCCGCUGCUCGCUGCGACACCAGGCCUCAAGUUCCCUUCGCGCAUAAACCUCAAGCCAUACCAGCACACCAAGAUUCUCCCCAAGUCCUCCGUCACCACACUUCUACUCCAGUCCUCCGAUCACGCCCGUCUCGACUACACCGCACAACAAGAGCAGGAUGGAAGCGCAGGGAGUCAGCUCAAGGACUACGUUGGCAUUUUCGACCCGGAAACGAAGAAGCUGCAGAUUGUACCGGUGAAGAAAGUAACAGUACGAAGCACAUUGCGCAGUGAAACACAAGAGCUGCAGGAAGAGCAGGCACGAUUGGAAGCAGCACAAGGGACCAUGACCGCGAAGAGGCAUGCACUUGCCGCUGAGUUCGGUUCUAAGAAGUCAAGGAAGAGGAUCGACGACAUUACCAUGAAUUCUAUCCGCAGCGGGGCGCCAGAAGCGGAACAGAGAAACGAGGGUGUAGCAGACAACGUGCUGACGAACAUGGCCGAAAAUACAUCCGCGAUGCCUACGAAGGCCGAGCUUGCAGCAGCUCUGGACAGCUCCAAGCCACGACCGACACCGAAUGUUACCGCAGAGUUCCCUGGCGACGUCUACACACUCGAUACUGUGGUUGGCAGUGAGCUUAUGGGUUUGAUACCCGUGAAGGACUGGAUGGACGCCUCUGAAGCAGGCCAGGGUGUACAAGUUAACAGUAAAUACGUCGCGAAGCGCAUCCUGAAGCUCUGCAGGAAUAAGCAGGUUCAAAAGCUUAAGGUCUUGCGCUUCCUCCUACUCUGCAUCAACUUCAACGCAGCUUUGGCAGGGCAAACCGGAAGAUUCGCGAGAAGGAUACCGCCAAAGGGCAAGCUGGAGAGCCUGAUGAAUGAGGAGGACAACAUCCCGCUCGUCAAUGCCAUCAGGAGGAAAUUUGGCUCAGAAAACAACGAUAUGCCUCGCUGGAACAUCGACAACCUGAUGACCCACGUUGCAGCCGCUGCGCUCAUCGUGGACGACUUCGAAGUGGAUGUCAACGACCUGCGCGAGGAUUUGAAGAUCGAGAACAAAGAGAUCAAACAAUACUUCCAUGAGCUAGGCUGCCGAGUCGGCCCACCUACACAGACGGACAUGACGAAGUUCAAGUUGACCAAGGCCGAGGCGAACAACCACAACAUCGCGAAGUUGCGUUUGCCACUAGCGUUCCCGAGAGUGAACAUCCCCACCAAGAAGAGAAGAUGAACGACAUACGAAGAUACAAG